AUAAAGUUUCUUGCUCUUUCCACUCCCUUGCUCAUCCUCAAACCUGUGUGAGAGACAUGGAAGAAUUUUCCAUGACACCUGAGAUUCCUGAAUUCACCCGUGUGUGUGUGUGUGUGUUAGUUACAUAUUGACCCAAGUGUCAUUGUCGUAAAAUGCAAUACGGCCCAUUUUACGAUCUUUCUUUUUCAACCAGCCUCGAUCCACCCAUGUUUUAGUUUCUUCAUAUUCACAGGACGGAAAGACUUCGUUUCUUCUCUUUAUCUUUUGCUCCUUUAUCACAUUUCAUCAGGCAGGUAUGAAAUAUACAGACAUCCUAUAAUUUUCUUUGACUUCAGACUUGAGCAUGGAGAAGAUGAGUGACUGACUGGUAUUUCUGGUUUUAUCAAAUAGAAAAUCGGUCAUGGAUCCAGUUGGCUGUGUGGCUCCUCAAGAUCUGGCGAUGAGACCGGUCGGGUGUCCACCUGGCCUGGAGUACCUAACGCAGCUCGACCAGCUUCUCAUUCACCAGCAAGUGGAACUGCUUGAAGCCAUUUUAGGAUGGGAGUCCAACAACAAGUAUCUGGUGAAGAACACACUUGGGCAGCAGGUCUUCUUCGUGGCCGAGGACAACGACUGCUGUAACCGGAACUUCUGUGGACCGCUUCGCUCUUUCGUCCUCCACAUUCUGGACAACAUGGGGCAGGAGGUGAUGACGCUCACGCGACCGCUACGCUGCGACGGCUGCUGCUGCCCCUGCUGUCUGCAAGAGCUCGAGGUGCAGUCUCCACCGGGCAUUCCUAUUGGGUACGUGAUUCAGACGUGGCACCCUUACUUGCCCAAGUUCACCAUUCAAAACGAGCAGAAGCAGGAUGUUCUGAAGAUCGUGGGGCCUUGCUGCUCCUGCAGAUGGUGUUCCGAUGUGAAUUUUGAGGUUAUCUCGUUAGAUGAAAAGGAGUCCGUGGGCCAGAUCAGAAAGCAGUGGACAGGCUUUGUAAAAGAGUUUUUCACCGAUACUGACAAUUUCGGGGUCACCUUCCCGAUGGACCUGGACGUCAAGAUGAAGGCUGUGCUUCUCGGAGCCUGUUUUCUCAUCGACUUCAUGUUCUAUGAGCAUAACAAAUGAAAAAGAAAAAAAAAAUCUGAGCAGGACUUCGUUCCUGGUUUCACCAGAUGAUGUCCAUGCUUCAGAUCUAUAAGAAGCGAAACAUACGUACGCUCAUCGGCCACUUUAAGAGGAACUUGUUCCUGGCUGCAGGAGUGGAACCCAGUGUGGUGCUGUUGCAGGCAGAGAUGCUUUUCUGCUCGCCAUGAUUGUAAAGAGUGAUUAUUUACGAGUUACUGAAUCCUUCCUGGCAAAAAACAACUCGAACCAAUCUGUCCAUUUUCCUCAAACCUCUCUUAUUUCUGAAAUACUCAAAUCAAUCCCUUGACAGCAGCACAACGUGCCUAAUAAAGGUGCCAGUGAGUGGAUAGCAUACAAUACAUAAAAUAAAUCUAUCUUCUUAAAUGAUUCAAUGUAUCUGGACUAGAUCUAUAUUUGUUUGUGUUUUGAAUUAUAACCUCUAGAUGGCAUCACAGCACACUGCUUCAGAGCAACAGUCACUGUGCCAUUGUUUGUUUAUACCCUGUACACAGUAUAAUCACCUGAUGUGUGUCAUUUAACGAUAAGUUCUUACUUUUUAAACGUCAGGCUUUAAUUUGUGCCCAAGAACAGAGGUUUUGUUUAGCAAAUAAUCUUAAGACUACUAGCUGGAUUAGAAUCGAGUGUUUUUGAAGCACCAUCCUGUUCUUGACCUGGUUAGGAAAAACAACAGGGGUGUGAUUGGGGGAUGCGUUUGUUUUGAUCAAUAAUGGAGGAUUUGUCUAACGGAGGUGUCGAGAGAGAGACACUCGGCCUCCGUAUAAAAGACUUGAUUGAUGUGACUCACUUGACCCAGAUCCAAACCAUCUGGAGACCCAAGUUCAAAUUCCUGUGACCAAUGGCUCUACUAAAUAAACAAACAUUUAUCAUGUUA